CCCCUGUCAACUUGCUCAUCUCGCCAGCCUCAGGGCCACCUCGUCACUUCCCUCUUGAGGUUUAAUAAUCCUGUUCCCGCGCCCUUAAUGUUGCGCAAGCUCUUGAGUAAACCUCCGGGUAUUCGAGAUCGAAAAGCCUCGACAAGGAAUACGCUCUCUAUUCAGCCAGUUACGGCUUACGAUUUUAGUCAUCUUUGAACCCCCAGAUCGAGGAGCUCAGUUAUCACACUGCUAUCUAUCAAUAUGGCUUCUACCCAAAACGAAACACGAACUCGGAGAUCAUUGGGACGGUCCAAGGGGACUUGCUUAAGCUGCCGGCAGAGGCACAUAAAGUGCGACGAAUCCAAACCCCGGUGUACUAAAUGCGUCAAAAAUUCACGUGAAUGUACCUACGGGGCCACGGAUCCGUCCAAAGACUGGCGGCGCAAUAUUGUCACAUUCAAUGCCUCUGAGCCCACCGAAGAAACGGGUGAAGGGUCAUCAUGCAAGGAGCUCAAUCAUUCCGCAGCCUUUAGCAGUGGGUCGAGAGCCAUGGUGCCGAGGAAUGCUUCUCCAUCAUUUAGCCUCCCAGCACAACUCCCUAUACUGAUGGGAGAAGGCUACAGCAUACGGGAUGUUCAGGCUUUGUCUCAUUUUGUUGAGUUUACCGGUAAUGACCUUAUUGGAAGUCAUUUCCUCAAAAGUCUGUGGACACAAGGCGGAAUACAGCUAGCAUUUAACAAUGAUUUUCUCAUGCACGCCGUUCUCAUGACCAGCUCUACUCAGCUUCAACGCCUCAAUCCCGCUUCCUACGAAGAGCACAGGAUCGAGUCCAACAAGCACCUCCAGGCAUCCCUCCGUUCCUUCCGCGGUGCCAUCAGCAGCCCAACCUACGUCACCAAUAACUUCGAGGCUGUCCUAGCUACAACCUUCCUCUUCCUCAUGCACUCGGGUAGUAAUCCCACCUUCGACCCGUCACAGCCCGGCAUGGAUGGUUUUCUCCAGCAUGCCUGCGGUCUCUACGAUAUCGUUCGCUACAACCCAGCCUGUGUGCCCCGCAGCCCUUUCGCCCCUCUCUGCACGCCAAUGCUGCUACCAGACAUCUCUCCUGAUAGUGGGCCCGGCUACGAUCUCUCUCUCAUGAUUAAAACGACGAAUCCUCAUUAUGCAAACUCCGAUUUCGGGUCCUAUGAGUCAAUAAUAAAUAGUUUGACGCCCAUCCUUGAGAUUGUGGAAUCAGAACUACCAUUCGGCGGUGCUUCCCCGGACGCGCUGGUGCUCUAUCUCGUCCACUGGCUGUCAUUCCUACCAAGCGAGUUUGUCAUCCUGGCAAACUCGCAUCAGCCAAAGGCGCUGGUUAUCAUGGCGCACUACUACGCUGCGUUGGCGUUUGUGUUGGCGAAAUGGCACAAGGGAUGGUGGUGGCUGCGCGAGCGGCCGGUUUUUAUGAUUGAGCAGACGGAUGCGUUCCUUGGCGAGGACUGGGAGGUAUGGAUGAAGUGGCCUAUUUCGGUGCUGAAGAUGUGUGAAGAAGAAAAUGGGCACUGGGGACGUGCUGUCGCUGCAGACAGGUUUGAUGAAGUGGGAGUUGAGGAGGAGAUGGGGGUUUUGUUGUCGGCAGACUUUCAUCCGUGCAAGUUGGGAGACGAGUCUUGGGCGAGAAAGAUAGCUUCAUAUCGUUAGAUUUUGUUACACUUUUAAGGUUAUAGUUUUGAAGCACUUUUAGAUACGAAA